UCAAGAUGAAGUUCGAUGUGGUAAUCACUGUCCCAUGAUUGGCUAGUUCCUUCUGCUGACAUAACCGGGCCCGCCCGCUUCCCGAGGUCGGCGAAGAAGAGAAAGACACCGCGCGAGAAUCAUCCUCCAAACACCACGGAGCAUCACCGACGACGUCUCAAUUAAUCUCGCACACAGCACAGCAACCAGCUGGAGGAAGACUGGGAAUAAGGAUAAGACGACGACUACAACACCGUUUUACGCAUAUUAUCCCAUCUGCAACACUCUUCUCUCUCGUUUCAAUUGGAGGGCAUCCCCAAAGACAUCCGUCAAAAUGGCCUCCCUACGCCCGACCUCCCGCCUGAUCGCUGCCUCUCGUCCUCUCUUCCGCCCCUCUGUAGCCUCGAGAUCUUAUGCCACCGUCGAGUCUGGCUCCAAGAUCGCAGAUCAGACCCCGGCGACAUCGGAAUCCCCCAGACUCAAGACUUUCAAGGUCUACAGAUGGAACCCGGACAAGCCCACCGAGAAGCCCUACAUGCAAGACUACACCCUCGACCUGAAUAAGACCGGCCCCAUGGUACUGGAUGCCUUAAUCAGAAUAAAGAACGAGCAGGAUCCGACCUUGACCUUCCGGAGAAGUUGCAGAGAGGGUAUCUGUGGUAGCUGUGCCAUGAACAUUGACGGCGUUAAUACGUUGGCUUGCUUAUGCCGUAUCCCUACUGAGACUGCCAAAGAGUCGAGAAUCUAUCCCCUCCCCCACACCUACGUAGUCAAAGAUCUAGUCCCCGAUUUGACCUAUUUCUACAAACAAUACAAAUCAAUCAAACCCUACCUCCAGCGGGACACCCCAUCUCCAGACGGCCGUGAACACCGCCAAUCACCCGCUGACCGCAAGAAACUUGACGGACUCUACGAGUGUAUUCUGUGCGCCUGCUGCUCAACCUCCUGCCCAUCCUACUGGUGGAACUCGGAAGAAUACCUCGGCCCUGCUCUGCUGCUGCAAUCUUACCGGUGGCUGAUCGACUCCCGCGAUGAGAAGACCGAGGAGCGCAAGGCUGAUCUCGACAACAGCAUGAGCGUGUACAGAUGCCAUACCAUCCUCAACUGCUCGAGAACCUGCCCCAAGGGAUUGAACCCCGGUUUGGCCAUUGCGGAGAUUAAGAAAAUGAUGGCCUUUGCAUAGAUAUAGGAUCGCACAGCUCUCUCUGUUUCUGUUCAAAUUUUGUCAUUUGUGUUUGUAUCCUCCAAUUGCUAGCGCCGGACUUGAUGGCACCAUCUGCUAUCUUUGGUGCUACAGCUCUUUCAUUCUCGUUUACAGUUCGCUGUACCGUGGCAUUCCGACGACUUCCAUGAUGGGCCUAACCCUAAUAAAAAAAGAGCGGAAAAAAGCCCUGGGUUCGCUGUCUCGCGCAUUGAGGGUGCAGGGAUACUGAAAAAUUCUCGCCCGUUCUUUUUUUGUUUAUUUUCCUUUUUCGUCAGGUUUUUAGCUCUCUUUUGUCGACAUAUUUUCAAUUUGUUGGUUGUUUUGUUUUCUUUGUUUCUGUUCCAUUCUUUACCUCUGUACAUAUAUGGAGAAUCAUCAAUUUGUAAAAAUGCAGUGUCAUAACCAUAUAUUCAAUACCUAUGGAGUAGAAAAAAAAAUAUAUAUAUAUAUAUAUUAAUGGAAAAACCGCUAACUACGCCUUCCCGGUCGACUCCAACAUAUCCAUCACCCCUUCCACCGCCUUCUGCAUCGCCGCCGUUACCUCCUCGUGCAAGACAGUAAUAGGAACCUUUCCCGCCUUCUCGCUCUGCACCCGCACAUACUCCCUAUUAACCACCUUAUUGACAUUAACCUUCGACACCCCGCACUCAAUACACUUGUUAAAAAUCUCUUUCGUAAACGGAUCCGCGCCAUGCAACACAAGCCUGACCUUAUCCCCCACCGCAUCCCUAAUGCUCCUUAACCGGUCGUACUCCAACCGGAUCCCCCGCGGGCCAUACUCGCCAUGCACAUUCCCAAAUGCAGGCGCGAGCCAAUCAAUCCCCGUCUCCACAAACUCCCCACUCUCCUCCGGCGUCGUCAGCAGCCCCUCCAACCCGCCCUCCACCGUAUCCGCCACCCCGUCUUCCCCGCCCUCAAUCCGCCCCGGCUCCGCCUCCGUCGCAAUCCCCCGCGCGUUGCAGUACGCCACCAGCUCCGCCGUCCGCACCACGUUCUCCGCCUUCUCGUAGUGACUCAUGUCGACCAUGAUGCUGUCGAAGGUCAGCGGCUGCAUGUCUGCCGCGCGCUUGAUGAUCUCGGCGCUCUGCGCGUGGUCCAGGUGGAGCGUUAUGGGCACGGAGGCGGCGCGGGCGGCGCUGGCGGCGGCAUGCACGAGGAGGCCACCGGCGUACUCGAUGGCCCAGGGGAAGAGGAGGAUCAUGGCUGGGGACCGUUUGGCUUCGGCGGCACGGACGGUGGCCAGGAUGCCUUCGAGGUUGUAGCAGCAGAUUCCGGGGACGGCGUAGUUGCCGGCGACGGCGGCGUUGAGGAGGGGGAGGGCGCGGUUGGAUUUUAGGGACAUCUUGGGGAUGUUUUUAUAUUGGGUGCUUUUUUUAAACUAGAAUUGUAUAUUUGGUACGGUACUUUUUAAAUGAUUUUAAAAACAAAUUUGAAUGUUGUAGAAGAAAGUAAACUCUUUCCAAUGUAAAAGUUGAAAGGAGGUUAUCCCGAAUUUAUAUACGUAUAGGAGCAUCAGCGGGGUAGGAAGUGAGGGGUUAUAUAUAACUACCAGAACUGCUCUCUGAUAUCAUCCCAUCUUCAUCCCCGAAUGAAGCUCCGCUAUUUAUCAACACCCCACCUAGUGUUCACGUCGAGGAAAACAAAGGACUUAACUCCUGGGACUCGUCAGGGUCUACUAGAGUCCGGCAACUUAACUAGGGCUUCGCCAAUAACCCCUUGGAACCGUGGUUAAAUAAGCAUUUCGAUGGGAA